UAUUUCAGGAAGGUAACCAUCUAACCUGCGUCUAAGCGACUGUUGCGUGGAAAUGGAGUUCUAGUGUAGAAAGUAAUGUUGGUUGCCCUGUAAAUUGUGCCCGCCAUUAUAUGUGUAUAGUGCGCUGUCUUAGUAUACAAUUAUACCCGGUGUGUGAAGUGUACGUUUAGUGUUUAUAGAAAACUUGUAAAUAUGUCGAAACCAGAAGACGCUAUGGAGGGAGUGGACACUGGUGAAAACUCGAAUGCAUCGUCAGCCGACACGAUGUCAUCGAGGGAGAAACCAGAAGAUUAUGAAGUGAAAGUUGUUACAGAUCGGAGCAAGCGCUUUGAUUACUUACUGAAACAAACCGAAAUCUUCACUCACUUUAUGUCCAACAACCAAGGUGGGAAGACACCAUCCAGUCCAUUAAAAGUUCGACCCGGGCGACCGAGGAAAGAACAACCAAAAAUUGAUCCUGGAGAUCAUCGGCAUCGGAAAACUGAGCAGGAAGAAGAUGAAGAGCUUCUUGCAGAGACAAAUUCAAAUCGAAAGACCAUAAUAUCAUUUGACCAAUCACCGCAUUACAUCAAGAAUGGGGAGAUGAGAGAUUACCAAGUGCGUGGUCUAAAUUGGAUGAUAUCUCUUUAUGAAAAUGGUAUUAAUGGGAUUCUCGCCGAUGAAAUGGGCUUAGGAAAAACUUUACAGACAAUAUCGUUGCUUGGGUACAUGAAGCAUUAUCGGAGUAUUCCUGGUCCUCAUAUUGUAAUAGUUCCAAAAUCAACUUUAGCUAACUGGAUGAAUGAAUUUAAAAAAUGGUGUCCUUCUCUUAGAGCAGUAUGUUUAAUUGGUGAUCAGGAAACAAGGAAUGCUUUUAUACGUGAAACGCUGAUGCCAGGCGAGUGGGAUGUCUGCGUAACAUCAUAUGAGAUGGUUAUUAAGGAAAAAGGUGUCUUCAAAAAGUUUAACUGGCGCUACAUGGUUAUAGAUGAGGCUCAUAGGAUAAAAAAUGAAAAGUCAAAGCUUUCUGAAAUUGUACGAGAAUUCAAGACGACAAAUAGGCUUCUGUUGACAGGAACACCUCUCCAAAAUAAUCUCCAUGAGCUGUGGUCUUUGCUAAAUUUUCUACUUCCUGAAGUAUUCUCAUCAGCAGAUGAUUUUGACUCUUGGUUUGACACCAAUAGUUUUCUAGGUGACAAUGCACUUGUGGAACGAUUGCAUGCUGUACUGCGGCCAUUCUUACUGCGACGCUUGAAGAGUGAAGUGGAAAAGAGGCUAAAACCCAAGAAAGAAGUGAAAGUUUAUGUAGGACUGAGUAAAAUGCAACGAGAGUGGUAUACUAAGGUCCUCAUGAAAGAUAUAGAUGUCGUGAAUGGUGCGGGAAAAAUAGAAAAGAUGCGACUGCAGAACAUUCUGAUGCAGCUACGCAAAUGUUCCAAUCACCCGUAUUUGUUCGAUGGUGCAGAACCUGGACCACCUUUCACCACGGACGAACAUUUGGUGUAUAACUGCGGCAAGAUGGUGAUUCUUGACAAGCUGUUGCCGAAGCUGCAGCAGCAGGAGUCAAGAGUUCUAAUCUUCAGCCAGAUGACUCGAAUGCUGGACAUCCUUGAAGAUUAUUGCCUUUGGAGAGGAUACAUGUAUUGCAGGCUUGAUGGACAGACCCCACACGAAGAUCGUCAGAGGCAGAUAAAUGAGUACAAUGCCCCUGGCAGUGAGAAAUUCAUCUUUAUGUUGUCUACCCGAGCUGGUGGUCUGGGUAUUAACUUAGCAACAGCAGAUGUGGUAAUCAUUUAUGACUCAGACUGGAACCCUCAGAUGGAUCUCCAGGCCAUGGACCGAGCACAUCGUAUCGGCCAGCAGAAACAGGUGCGAGUCUUCAGGUUCAUCACUGAGAACACAGUUGAGGAGAAAAUUGUGGAGAGAGCUGAAAUCAAACUGAGGCUCGACAAGCUGGUCAUCCAGCAGGGCCGCCUGGUUGAUAACAAACAGAACCAGUUGAACAAAGAUGAAAUGUUAAAUAUGAUAAGACAUGGUGCAAAUCAUGUAUUUGCAUCAAAAGAUUCUGAAAUUACUGAUGAGGAUAUAGAUACUAUACUGCAGAAAGGAGAAGCCAAAACGGAAGAACUGAGGCAGAAACUGGCAGGCCUGGGAGAAUCUUCUCUCCGAAACUUCACAAUGGAUACAUCGACAGCGGACUCGGUUUACCAGUUUGAGGGAGAAGAUUACAGAGAAAAACAAAAAGUUUUGGGAAUUGGAAGUUGGAUCGAACCACCAAAAAGAGAGAGGAAGGCUAACUAUGCUGUGGAUGCAUACUUCAGAGAAGCUCUUAGAGUGUCUGAGCCUAAAGCUCCCAAGGCUCCUCGGCCUCCAAAGCAGCCAAUUGUGCAAGACUUCCAGUUUUUCCCACCACGUCUCUUUGAAUUAUUAGAUCAAGAAAUCUAUUACUUUAGGAAAACAGUUGGUUACAAAGUUCCAAAAAAUCCAGAAUUAGGAUCAGAUGCCUCACGCAUCCAGAAAGAAGAGCAGAGGAAAAUAGAUGAGGCACAGCCACUAACAGAAGAAGAAAUAAUGGAGAAAGAGAAACUUCUUACACAGGGAUUCACAAACUGGACCAAACGAGAUUUCAACCAAUUCAUUAAAGCGAAUGAAAAAUACGGGAGAGAUGAUAUAGAGAACAUAUCAAAAGAAGUCGAAGGAAAGACUGCGGAGGAGGUUUUGGAGUACAGUCAAGUAUUCUGGGAACGGUGUCACGAGUUGCAGGAUAUUGACAGGAUUAUGGCGCAAAUUGAUAGAGGAGAAGCUAAAAUACAACGGCGUGCCAGCAUCAAGAAGGCUCUAGAUGCAAAGAUGGCAAGAUACCGUGCUCCAUUCCACCAACUCCGUAUUGCCUAUGGUACCAAUAAAGGAAAGAAUUACACUGAAGAGGAAGAUAGAUUCCUAGUGUGUAUGCUUCAUAAGUUGGGUUUUGACAAAGAAAACGUUUAUGAAGAACUUCGAGCUGCUGUCAGGUCAGCACCACAGUUCCGCUUUGACUGGUUUAUAAAAUCCCGCACGGCGAUGGAACUACAGCGGCGGUGUAACACGUUAAUAACACUUAUAGAACGUGAAAACCAGGAACUCGAGGAAAAAGAACGUGCGGAGAAAAAGAAGAGGGGACCCCGAGGAGGCGGAGCAGGAGGAGGCGGAGCUGGCGGGGGUGGCAGUGUCGGGGGUGUGCCUGGUGCCGGUAUGGGGGCGGGCCAGGGCAAGCCGGUGAUGCCCAGCAGUGGGCAGAAGCGCAAAGGCGACGGCAGCUCGACUCCGGACGGCAAGGCCAGCCGAAAGAAGAAGAAAGAGAAGUGAUAGGUGUCACACUGGCAGUGGUGGGGGAACGUCGGACGGACUCCCAUCCUGCUUCACGAACAGUGCCCCGUAGACAUUUGCACGGGACCGGAGUUUUAGACCGUCUCACAGUGCUGCUCGACAUAGCUCUUUCCUGUCUGUGUGGUGUUAUUUCUUUCUCAGACUCGACGUUCAUUAGAUGCACGUCAUAAGUUCUUUGAGCAGUUUGUUCGUGCUUCGCUGUCAGUGAUAUUGAGACAGUUUUUGAACUGAGUGUUGCUGUCAGUGAGGAAAGAUGGAGGACUGCCACUUACAGAGCCACUGCAUUUAUGGCAAAAAGCAGUUUAUUUACAUUUGUGAUGGAUUGAAGAUGGUUGUAAGCUCAGUUUUCUGUUUCCCAUGUACAUUCCACUUCCUGGUUUUAUUCUUUAAAGUAUUGUACUUAAACUAUUAUUAAAUAUCUUGUGUUCAGUGAAUUGAUUUUGAAGUCUCACAAAACUGACACAAGCCAAUAUCAGCUACAUUGCCUUUAAAAGUCUUUUCAUUCAUUUGACUCUCUCUCUCUCUCUCUCUCUCUCUCUCUCUCUCUCUCUUUCUCUUUUUCUCUCUUUCUUUCUCUUUCUGUUUGGGAGGGCAUAAGUAUAGAGGAUUAAAUCCGAAUGAAUCCCUGCCAAAAGUAAUUACAUUGCUGUAGAAUGGGUAAGUAGGGCCAUAUCAUAGUGUGGCCGUAUUUGAGAGUCCACGCUAAUAAUAAAUCUAAUAAAAGAUGAGAUAUGGUAACAAUCUUAACUGUACUGGCGACCGUCAUUACACAAUCAUUGAAGAGUUCCGGAUAGAAUGGUGUUUAUGCUUUCUUUUUGGAUCCUUGUGCAAGUGCGUGGUGUCGAUAUUGUAGGCAUUAUCAUCUCCAUCACUUUUGCCUGUCUUAUUUUACUUUUUUAACUUUGGGACUUAAUGAUUAUUAGUAACAUCGUCCAGUUUUUGUUGUAUGAACAGUAUUUAAUGUAGCUUGUUUUGCAAAGUACACAUAGUAUUCUAAAGCUUUACAUGCUUUUGGAUGAAAUUACGGUCCUUAAUACAUCUACCUGUGUACUCUGCAUCAUGCCAACUUGAGUGUGUGGCAGAUGGUCAUAAGUGGUGUGCAAUAAGAAACACUGUUGAUAAGACUCUUAAUGAGGUUAAGAUUUUAUUGUCAGGGUCAUUUCACAAGAUAUGUUGCUUGACUCUCUUUUUGGAAUAUACACCUUAUGAUUUACAAUAGACCUCUCAAUGAUGCAAAAGGCCACUCCUGUAGUGUUUGCCACUGAAGUUGUAUGAUCAUCUACAUGACAAUCUUGUCCUCACUAAAUGAAUCUGACACAAAGAGCUGCUCUUCUUUAGGUAUUGUUUAUUAAUCCUACCUGUUAAAGUUCCCAGACUGCUGAGCAGUACCCAAAAUCGAUGAGUUAAUGGAUUUGUAAGCUGCAUCUUCAAGGGUGAGUUACAUGUCCUUAGGCUUCUUCUGGCAUCUGCCUUUCCUUCAACUAAUUGUGUGUGAUCAUUCCACUUUAUGACUGCAUAUUUCCACUGAUUGGUUGCACAAUACAAUAAUGGGUAUUUCUGCCUAAAUAAGCACACUACAUUACAUUUAUUUGAGAGCCAACUGCUAAUCCCUGCACAAAGUGGGAAUCCUUUGCAUGUAUUCCUUUACUUUGCUACAAUUUUCAAACAGCAUGGAGCAAAUAAAGGAAAAUAAUUUAUUCUUUAUGAAGGUCCUUUUAAUUAUAUGGGUCUAUUUUGAUAUUGUGUGCCAAUCAGUUGGUAUGAAAUUUGUUGAGAAUAUGGGAGCUACUGCUACAGUCCUUAUGUAGAUUGAAGGUAGUGUGUGUACUGCAGCACCAUGGGUAUUGAUAAAUUGAAUUUUAUCAUGCAACAAUCAUAUUUAGUUAAAUAACAGAUGCAGAUAGUUUUCUGGCUUCUGUUUAUCAUUUAAAAACAUACUGUUACAAUACUACUUUUAGUUAGGAAACAAAUGUUUUUCAGUUGACUCAUGAUUGUUGUAAAAUUAUUAAAAAAUAUUUCUUUUUUGUGUAUCCACAUAUGAACAUGCAUCAAUCAAUUUAUGAUUUAUAAUGAUUUGCAUUGAAUAUCUGGUAUAUGCUGUUGAUAAGUUGCAUAUAGUUGUUUUUGAACAUGCAUAUGGCAGCCUUUGUAAGUGGUGCUCUCCAUGCAGUAAGUUGUGUGGAAUUCAGAUUGUAAAUGUAACUGCAUCAUACAAUGUUUUAUCGGUGUUGUAGCAUUUGGUCAUUAUGUGUUUUGAUAAGUUCUCCCAUAAAUACUGCUGUCUGAGGUUGAAACGCUACACUAGAAUACACGAAAACACUUCAGCUCAUCAUUGAGAUAUCUUUCCUUACUGUAUUUCUCCUUGUUUAGCUGGGGAGCAAGUGAGCAGAUGCUUUGAAGAAUUAUAAAUAUAUAAAAUGUAGUAAAGAUCUAGAAAUUGAAGUGCAAGUAAUUAAGUUAAAACACUUCAAUAAUUUGAGAAUAUUUUUUUAUUGGUGAUUACAGUUUUAUACCUGUGUGUCUAAUAAAUGUCAUCUUUUGUCUCGUUUCUGCAUUCAUAUAAAUAACUUAGAUUUGCAGUCUACAAAUAUUCUCUUAACAGUUUGGUAAUGGUCACUAACCAAUUGCAGUGAAAUGACUAAAUUAUGAGUAGAAGACACUCCAAAACAUUCAUGAAAGCUCUGCAUGCUUCCCACUGUACAAUGUUUUCUUCAUUUACUU